AUGCUGGAGUAUAUCAGUCUUGUGGCGCUGAAUGGGAACAAGUACGUGGUGCUUAAGGAGGUGGCACAGAUCUCGCCCGUGAUUAGACUGGCUCAAGGGUUUGAAGAAGGGCACACGGGGAGAGUGGAGUUGGACAUGGAGUGGGACGUGUUGGAGUGUAUCGUCAACUACAUGUACUACCACUAUAAGUAUAAGGAUGUCGAUGCCGGUGACGUUCCCGAGUUUCAUAUCCCAACCCAUUUGACGCUUGAUUUGUUGGUUGAAGCCGACUACUUGGAGUUGUGA